GCACGACGCGGCCACCUCUAGGGAAAGGCCCCCGCCGCCGCGCGUUGCCGGGCAGACCUGGACGCCUCUGCGCCCCGCUCCCCGCUCCCCGCCCAGUCUGGGCCCGGGCCCUUCGCGGGCCGCCUGGGGCAGCCAUGGGCUCGGAGAUGGAGCCGCUGCUCCUGGCCUGGAGCUAUUUUAGGCGCAGGAAGUUCCAGCUCUGCGCCGAUCUGUGCACGCAGAUGCUGGAGAAGUCCCCUUACGACCAGGCAGUUUGGAUCUUAAAAGCACGAGCCCUAACUGAAAUGGUAUAUGUAGAUGAAAUUGAUGUCCAUCAGGAAGGGAUUGCAGAAAUGAUGCUGGAUGAAAAUGCUAUUGCUCAAGUACCACGCCCUGGAACCUCUUUGAAGCUCCCUGGAACUAAUCAGACGGGAGGGCCCAGUCCAGCUGUCAGACCAAUCACUCAAGCCGGAAGACCCAUAACAGGUUUCCUUAGACCCAGCACGCAGAGUGGAAGGCCAGGCACCAUGGAGCAGGCCAUCAGGACCCCCAGAACUGCCUAUACAGCUCGCCCUAUCACCAAUUCUUCUGGAAGAUUUGUCAGGCUGGGAACAGCUUCCAUGCUUACCAGUCCUGAUGGACCUUUUAUAAAUUUAUCGAGACUGAAUUUAACAAAAUAUGCCCAGAAACCUAAAUUGGCAAAGGCCUUGUUUGAAUAUAUUUUUCAUCAUGAAAAUGAUGUGAAGACUGCUUUGGAUUUGGCUGCCCUUUCUACAGAGCAUUCUCAGUACAAGGACUGGUGGUGGAAAGUGCAGAUUGGAAAAUGUUACUACAGGUUAGGAAUGUAUCGUGAAGCAGAAAAACAAUUCAAAUCAGCCCUGAAACAGCAGGAAAUGAUAGAUACAUUUCUCUACUUGGCAAAAGUAUACAUCUCACUGGAUCAACCUGUGACUGCUUUAAGUCUUUUCAAACAAGGUUUAGAAAAAUUUCCAGGAGAAGUAACUCUACUUUGUGGAAUUGCCAGAAUCUAUGAGGAAAUGAACAAUAUUUCAUCAGCAGCCGAAUACUACAAAGAAGUUUUGAAGCAAGACAAUACUCACGUGGAAGCCAUUGCAUGCAUUGGAAGCAACCACUUUUAUUCGGACCAACCAGAAAUAGCUCUCCGGUUUUACAGGCGACUCCUGCAGAUGGGUGUUUAUAACUGCCAGCUUUUUAACAAUCUGGGGCUCUGCUGCUUCUAUGCCCAGCAGUAUGAUAUGACUCUGACCUCGUUUGAACGUGCCCUUUCUCUGGCCGAAAACGAGGAAGAGGCAGCUGACGUCUGGUACAACUUGGGCCAUGUAGCUGUGGGAAUAGGGGACAUGGCUUUGGCACACCAGUGCUUCAGGCUGGCGCUGGUGAACAACAACAGCCACGCUGAGGCCUACAACAACCUGGCAGUGCUGGAGAUGCGCAAGGGCCACGUUGAGCAGGCAAGGGCACUUUUGCAGACUGCAUCAUCUUUAGCUCCCCAUAUGUAUGAGCCACACUUCAACUUUGCAACAGUCUCUGAUAAGAUUGGAGAUCUUCAGAGAAGCUACAUUGCUGCCCAGAAAUCUGAAGCAGCGUUUCCAGAUCACGUGGAUACCCAGCACUUAAUCAAGCAGUUAAAGCAGCAUUUUGCUAUGAUCUGAUUGUUCUUUGGACCAUAUAUGUUUCUCUGAAGGAGUAUUAAGGGGAAAAGUUAUGUGUGUGUGUAUAUAAUAUAUAUAUAUAUAUAUAUAUAUAUAUAUAUAUAUAUAUAUAAUAAUACGAACCUGUGAUUGGUAGUAAAGGAGAUGUGUGGGAGUGUAAAUAAGAAUGUAUAGUGAAAACUUUGUAAUAAUUAUUUUAUGAUAUUGUAAAAAACAAGAUUUAAGUUUUUAAGGUAAAUCAUGAAACCUUUCACAUGACAUGGUAGAUGUUUAUAAUGUCUAUAACCAUUCAUGGAUUUCCUCAAAUUUUUAUAAGUGUACAUUUUUAAUGUUCUUAAGCUGGCCAUUAGCUAUUGUGUAGCUUAAGAGGUCUGAAAUCCACUUUAAAAUUGCACUUUUAUGGCCAGAAGUAUGUAUAUUUAUCCUAAAUAGAGACUUUAGAGUUUGAAAAUUGUCUUUACAACUUUUUUUAAAUCAAAUGCUUUGUGAGAAACUCUGCAUUUUCUUGUAUAUUGUGCUUUAAAAUAAAUCAGUAUGUAAAAC